AUGUACGCCAAGGGGGGUAAGGGCUCGGCCGUGCCCUCCGACAGCCAGGCACGAGAGAAGUUGGCGUUGUACGUGUAUGAGUACCUGCUACACGUCGGUGCCCAGAAGUCAGCCCAGACCUUUCUGUCUGAGAUCCGCUGGGAGAAGAACAUUACGCUGGGGGAGCCCCCGGGCUUCCUGCAUUCCUGGUGGUGCGUGUUCUGGGACUUGUACUGUGCAGCGCCCGACCGCAGAGAGGCGUGUGAGCACUCGAGCGAAGCCAAGGCUUUCCAGGACUACAGCGCUGCUGCGGCUCCCAGCCCGGUGAUGGGGAGCAUGGCCCCCAAUGAUGCAAUGGCAUCAGGCCCCAUGGCACCCGGCUUCUUCCAGGGCCCCCCCGGCUCCCAGCCUUCCCCCCACAACCCCAACGCCCCCAUGAUGGGGCCUCAUGUUCAGCCCUUCAUGUCACCGCGGUUCCCAGGGGGCCCCCGGCCCACCCUGCGGAUGCCGAGUCAGCCUCCCGUGGGCCUCCCCGGCUCCCAGCCCCUCCUCCCUGGCACCAUGGAGCCCUCCCCGCGAGCUCAGGGGCAUUCGAGCAUGGGCCCCAUGCAAAGGGUGACGCCUCCCCGGGGCAUGGCCGGCGUUGGGCCCCAGAGCUACGGAGGUGGCAUGCGGCCCCCACCCAACUCUCUUGCUGGUCCCGGCUUACCCACCAUGAACAUGGGCCCCGGAGUGCGCGGCCCGUGGGCCAGCCCCAGUGGCAACUCGAUCCCCUACUCCUCCUCCUCCCCCGGCAGCUACUCGGGACCCCCAGGAGGAGGUGGGCCCCCUGGAACCCCCAUCAUGCCUAGCCCUGGAGACUCCACCAACUCUAGCGAGAACAUGUACACCAUCAUGAACCCCAUCGGGCCGGGCGCCGGCAGGUCUAAUUUCCCGCUUGGCCCUGGUCCGGAGGGCCCCAUGGCCGCCAUGAGCGCGAUGGAGCCUCACCACGUGAACGGAUCCCUGGGCUCGGGCGAUCUGGACGGGUUGCCGAAGAGCUCCCCCGGCGCCGUGGCCGGCCUGAGCAACACCCCGGGCACCCCGCGGGACGACGGCGAGAUGGCGGCCGCCGGGACCUUCCUGCACCCGUUCCCGAGCGAAAGCUACUCCCCCGGGAUGACCAUGAGCGUGUGA